UUAGAAUCCCCGUCUUCUUCAAACACACAAUCAAAACAAAAAUCAAAUGAGUUUUAACACUGUAAUGGCAGCUAAAGGAACCAAACAUACUCGAAUUGAAUCAACUCCACUACCUCGUAAUGUGAAUGUCACAAGAUUCGCAGAAUGUCGUGGCCCAGAACUCGAGGCACUUUACUCAGUUGUGUCUGAGCGAUUAAACGGUGAUUUUAGGUCUAAUAGGAAUAAGAGGAGAAGAACUACCGCGCAUGACAAUCGGGUCGGGAAAAAAAGGUUUCGAAAGAGGGAGAAGAUUGGCGGGAAUGAGGUGGGUGAUUUGAAGAAGAAGUUGCCACGUAGGAUUCGUAGAAAAAAUGAGCUGAGGAGAAAUAAUGAAGAUGGUUUUGGGGUUAGUGGGGAUGGGACUAAGCGGUUGAGGACACAUGUUUGGCAUGCUAAGCGGUUUUCGAUGUCGAAAAUUUGGGGGUUUUAUCUUCCUUUAGGAUUGCACGGCAGAGGAAGGGGCUCGAGGUCUAUUAUGAAGAGCUUAACAGAUGGAGUCGUUGUCCAUGAUGAAAGCUAUUGUGCUGCUGUACAACUGGAAGGUCCAGAGGAAAAUUUGUUGUCAAUUCUAAGCAUGGUACUUGUGCCUUCUGUGGUUGAUUCUGAAGAUUUAUCAAGUAGAGUGAUUUCUGGUGCUGCAUAUGGAAGCGCUAUGCUUCACCAUGGUGGAGCAACAUGUUCUCAUACCAUUGCUCCUGUGACCUAUAUGUGGCGGCGUCAUGAGCAUUCUGAGAUUAAUGACGUGGAUAAAGGUGAUGGUAUCUAUGCUACUGAAGCAAUUAAGAACUCUUCCGCCCUUCGCUUAGUUUGGAUCUGGAUACAUGCUGCAGCUUUGAGAGAAGGAUUUGAUGCUCUGGAAUGUGCUUCUCAGAGGGAGAAUGAGAAAGCUGGUACCCAUGUAAAAUGUGUUUCUCUGGAGGGUCAAUUAGGAAAAGUGGAAGUGAUGGGUUCAAAGGCAUCUCAACUUCUUCAGAAGAUAUUACAUCCUGUUAAGAGUUUUCCGCAGACUAAUAUGGAUAUCAAGGAAUGCUCAGUUGAUGAGACUCAAGAUGGGGCUCAGCCUAAUAUUUUUGACUUCGAGAGUGAAAAUUAUACUGCAUCCUCAAUUAUCUCUCUUGUUAUCAAUGAUCCUCGUAUUUCAACUGGGAAGGCUGAAGAUCAGACAUCAGCUGGAAUACAAGAGAGUAUUUUAGAGCCAGUCUCAUCACUAUACCUUAGGAAUGGUGAGAGCAGGGAUUUGUGGCAGGCCUCCAGUGGAAUUUAUCCCCCUGUUGAAGAGAGUUUUCUUUGCAGAGAAAAACAUCAACAACGUAUGGCAUUUUUUUGCCUCAAUGAUAAAAGCGCCAGUAUAUUAAAUGAACCAGCUAAGGAGCAGUGUUCUAGGGUGUGUCCAGUUCUGCUUUUAAAGAACAAUCACCUCAAGAGCUCCAUUGCUAGAUGGUCUAUUAUACUUCCGAUCAGUUGGGUCAAAACAUUUUGGAUUCCGCUGGUGUCUUCUGGAGGCCGUGCUAUUGGUUUGAGGGAGAAGCAUUGGAUUGCUUGUGAAGUUGGCCUGCCAUAUUUUCCUUCAGACUUUCCUGAUUGCAAUGCUUACUCUUGUUUCAUGGAAACCGAAGCAGUUGCUUCUGUUCGAGAUGCAGAGCUCCGCCCUCCUUCUGUGAGGCCUUUUAGUGUUCCAACUUCACCUCCAUGGGAAGUUGUCCAUUACACAUAUAGCAAAAAGAAAGUUAUUGGGCUAGAUAAUCAGAUUCUUCCAAAUAUAACUUCCAAAGAUAUAAACAGUUUAGUUGCCAACUCCCUUGAAGAUUGCCAUAGAGCUCCAUGUUGUAAUAAUGGUGUUUCAUUUGGUGGUUUGGUAUCAAGGUCAUCUUGUUUGCUGGCUAGAUUUCUGAGUGGCAUUAAUAAUUGUCAGCUACGUAUAUUCCCAAGUAUUCCUGAAAGAAAGAGCUGCAUAUCUGAGAUCAUGAAGGAAAAAGAUAUAUCUAACCAGGGUUUAGAGGAUGCCUGCCUUGUAAAUUAUGACCAUCCGUUAUGCUUUGUUAGAAUUCUUCUUCAUGUUUACAAGGAUGGUGUCUUCGAAGAUGGAGCUGUGGUUUGUGCCCCUCAUUUGUCUGAUCUCUUAUUCAUGACUUCUAGCAACAAAUUUGAACUCCAAAUUCCCGAUACUCUUGCGCGGUCAUACUUUGUACAACAAGCAUCUGGUAAAUGGGAUCUUCAAGAACCCAGAGACCCUGCUGGUAUGGAGUCCCAUAGAUGGCCAAUUGGAUUUGUAACUACAGGAUUUGUUCAUGGAAGCAAGAAACCUGUGGCAGGGGCCCUAUGUGAAGCAGUGUUACUAGCUCGUGUUAGGGAAGAGCAGUGGAAUGCUGUGCCUGCAAAACGGAGGAAGCAGGAGAUAUAUGUUCUGGUGAGGAAUCUAAGGUCCACUGCCUACAGACUUGCUCUUGCAGAAAUUGUACUCGAACGACAGGAACAAGAUCUGGAACACAUGUAGGGUGCCUUAUAGACAUUGUUGUAGGUUUUGAAGUUUUGUAAAAGAAAGCAUUUUCUGACUGAUACGUAUACACCCAUCUGGUUCUUCUAAUAUAAAUGGAAUGUUUUGCCAACCUUUUUACUCCCA